UGUGCCAACCAAUCCAGUAUGGUGGCCUGUGGUUCCAAGUGAUAUCUCUACAGCCACAAGAACUGCAUCACUGCUGUGGAUUGACUGCAGCACCGUCUUUUCGAUGGGGACCAACAAGUCCUCUAGUCAGCUAAAUUACUCCAGUUUGUGAGAUAAUAUACGAAUCUUAAGCUUCUUAUAAAGUGGCAAUGUCUAUGGAACCUACUCCAUCUCUGUCUGGAGAUAUGUCUCCUAGCCCUGUUGCAGAAAGCUGGUGUUACACACAGGUUAAGGUAGUGAAAUUUUCCUACAUGUGGACUAUUAAUAACUUCAGCUUUUGUCGCGAAGAAAUGGGUGAAGUGUUGAAGAGUUCAACAUUUUCUUCUGGCCCAAAUGACAAAAUGAAGUGGUGCCUGAGGGUAAACCCAAAGGGGUUAGAUGAUGAAAGUAAAGACUACUUGUCCUUGUAUUUGCUCUUAGUCAGCUGCCCAAAAAGUGAGGUUCGAGCAAAAUUCAAAUUUUCCCUUCUGAAUGCUAAAAGGGAAGAAACAAAAGCAAUGGAAAGCCAAAGAGCUUAUCGAUUUGUGCAGGGGAAAGACUGGGGAUUUAAAAAAUUCAUUAGAAGGGAUUUUUUGCUUGAUGAAGCCAAUGGUCUCUUACCAGAUGACAAGCUUACACUAUUCUGUGAGCAUCUCCACACUGCUUGCAGAAGAGGAGGAAGCAUUGCACUGCCCUCCCUAGAGAACUGGCGCCUCCCCCUCCACUGCAAGUGGUGCUGUAGACAGGUGAGUGUGGUUCAGGAUUCAGUAAAUGUAUCAGGAUAUACUAAUACAAACACUUUGAAGGUACCAGAAUGUCGACUAGCAGAAGACUUAGGUAAUCUCUGGGAAAACACAAGAUUUACAGAUUGCUGCUUUUUUGUGAGAGGAAAAGAAUUCAAAGCUCAUAAGUCUGUGCUUGCAGCUCGAUCUCCAGUUUUCAGUGCAAUGUUUGAACAUGAAAUGGAAGAAUGCAAAAAGAAUCGCGUGGAAAUAAAUGAUUUAGACCCUGAAGUUUUUAAAGAAAUGAUGAGAUUCGUUUACACAGGAAAAGCACCAAAUCUGGAUAAAAUGGCUGACAGCUUGUUGGCAGCUGCAGACAAAUAUGCACUGGAACGGCUGAAGGUCAUGUGUGAAGAAGCUUUGUGUAGUAGCCUCUCAGUAGAAAAUGUUGCUGAUACCCUUGUCCUUGCAGAUUUGCACAGUGCAGAACAGUUGAAAGCCCAGGCAAUAGACUUUAUUAAUAGGUGCAGUGUACUUCGACAACUGGGAUGUAAGGAUGGGAAGAACUGGAAUAACAACCAAGCAACUGACAUUAUGGAAACACCAGGGUGGAAGUCCAUGAUUCAGUCUCAUCCUCACUUAGUGGCAGAAGCCUUCCGAGCACUAGCGUCUGCACAGUGUCCACAGUUUGGUAUUCCACGCAAACGACUAAAGCAGUCUUGAGUCUUCCACGGACAGUAGGAAAUUUGAUUGCCUUUACUCCGCAGGUCCAAAAGGAGUCCAAUAGAAACCAUAAGCCACAGUUGCUCCUGUCUCUUGUCCACAGAAUAGAAGCUGGAAAAGCUUAGUACUUUCUUUCAGGUGGAUAAUUUGUGGUUUCUACUUCAGCUUUAAAUCAGACUGAUUAAUUCACUUCAAGGCCUUAAAUUAUCUUCAGAUUUCUCUUGUUCAUAUAGUAGUUUAAUUUUUUUAUUGUGCCUUGUCAGUUUGCCAAGGCUUUGCAGGAUUGCACUAGCUCCACAAUGCAGUAGUAUUGAUGACUGAAGACACUGAGUUUGAAAAGGAUCUUCCAUUAUUUUAGAAACAAAAGAAUUUUAUAGGUUUUGUUCUAUGCAAUCUCCAAGUUUAAAACUAGGUUCUCCUGGAUUUGGAGAUUGCCAAAGGCGCCUCCAGUCUCAGUUCUGUUGACACUAAAGAGCCUGUUAUUGUUGAGGUAAGUGAUGGCCAUGCACUGCUCUGGUUAAUUUAUUUUUCAUUUCAAUGGGCAGAUAAGCCAUGAGUUGACCUAAACUUUUAGUUAAAUUUUUGGUGUUUAGCUCUAUAUCAAUUGCUCAAGAAACUGGUUUUAUGUGCAUUUUCAAUGAUUGAGAAAUGAUUUGAAGUUAAGAUUUCAAUAAGAAAAAAAGCAUGGUUUUUGCUAAUGUUUUACAUUUCUAUUGAUUUAUAGCUGAAAGAAUAAUUCAAUAGAUGUUAAAAUGAGGAUGACCAAAUGUACAUUUCAUGAGUGGGCCAAUUAAGAAAGAUACAUAUAUAUACAUAUAUAUAUAUGCACUUUUAAUGUGUAAUUUUUCUAUGAUGAAUGGUACAUAUAUAUUUUUCUUUUGACAGGAUUGAUAAGAUAGAAUUAUGUUUUAACAUUUGAAAGUUUAUAUGACACACGGAGCCCACUUGGAUGUUUGUGAUAAUGCGUAAAAAUAUGCUUGAUUAUAGAUAAAUUGAUUUGGGCUUCGAAUAGUCAUUAUUGAAUUUAUUACUGUUGUACCACACUUUGGAAAAGGCACUUAACAAUAAAUGAGUCCUGUACAAUCUGUUUCCUUUAAACAAUGAGUGGAUAACGUUUGCCUGUAGGAGAUGUGUGGGAAAGUAGGGAGCUCUCCAAAAGUGUUUGCAGCCACUCUAGAAGAUGUUUUCCCCCUUGUUUUCUCCUGCCAGUUCAUAACUAACUUGUAGAUUGCUAAAAUUUUGCAUAAUGUGAACAGAAAAACUAUAUCAAUUUUUUAUGAGCCAGUUCUUUAUUAUGAGCUUAGCUUUAAAUACCCAGAUGUUUGGAGAUUGAUAGUUGUGAGAUGUGUUCUGAUGCAUUGUCCUAAAGAAGAAGUGGUCACUGUCAGAUCAUAUAUGACUAAAGCAUGAUAGUGUGCUUCCUACGCAAAGACAGAGAAUGUUACUAGAAAAACAGGUGCAUAUGCCUGUAUGUUUGCAUAUAUAGCUUUAUUACCCAUAUUCAAAUUCGUGUAAUUCGUUUAUUAAAAUUCAGAACAAAGAAAUUGAGCUUAUGGUUUUAAAAUAUACUCUAUUUUUUACUAUAGCUUUAUUGGAUGUUAAUGUAAGUAUUCCUAAAAUACUUACAUUGAUAAAAUGUCUAAUAAGCAUAGUUCUCAAGAGCAAAUAAGCAAAGAUCAUAUUUUUAGAUAUUUUAGUUUGCAUCUUUGUUAAGUUAAAAUGCAACAAAUUAUUUGUCAUAGAAGAAAAGUUUUUCAGCUGAUAGUGGGCUUCACCCUGUAUAAGAGAAUCAUGACAAGCAAAAAUUUACUCCCUUUAUUUCAUCAUAGUAUGAAGCCUGUUCCAUUAGCAUUGUACAUACAUACAUACAUACAUACAUACAUACACUUUUAAUACAAGAUUUUCCCAUCCUCUUACUAAAAAAUAAAGAUUCCACUCAGCUGUGAAAUAUAUUGUCACAUAUAAAAAUACUGAAGUCUAUAUUUGGCACAUUGUAAUCUGAUUCUCAUUAAUUUGGUCUACAUUUCUAAACAUAAUGAAAUCAGUAGUAAUACCAUAUAGUGAUCAUUAUAAAUGUUUAUUGAUAAUCUUAAGGAUUUCCUUAUAAAGAUUCUUGUUUUUAGUUUGCUAACAUACUUUGUACCAAAAAUGUCAAACACUGUGCUCUACAAAUAUCAAUGUUACCUGCAAUGUCCACUUUUGUGGCGAUACAAUGCCUGCCAUUAUCCUCACAGAGUCAUACAGUGUUUAUUUUUAUAUGCAUAUUUUAGUAGCAUAGGUUCUUGAGUCAGUGAUGAAAGCUGCUAAUAUAUUCUUAUCGGAGUGGCAUUGUAACAUUUCACCCACCUACUUCGCUCAUUUUUAAAUUAUAUAAAACUUGGUCAAAAUAGGUACGGAUUCUGUCUAAUGCGAUCUUUGUCUUACAAGUUACCAGUUUGUUCCUGUUAGAGCUCUAGUCACCUAAACAAAGCUUUCCUCAGAACGCAAGGAGUGGUUCUAAAUAUUGCAAUUCAAAAAUGUAGCCAUUGGAAAACUGUUCUUUAGACUAAGAUUUAGAAAUACUGUUAUUUGUGCCUUUUUCAUUUUUUACUUUUAAUGUGUUUUGAUAUUUGAGCACAAAUAUGAAGGUGCCAUAAGAUGGCUUGCUGAUGUUACCUCCUUAAACACUUGUGUGUCACUGUCUUCAGAUAGCUGUUGGAGAACCUUGAAUGAAAUGUGGUCAUUUGUAUGAGGUCUGUGUGUGUUUGUGUCUGUAUUCCCUUGGGCUGUGUGUAAUACGUUUAAGACUGAAUUCAUGAAUAUAGGACUUAGUUAUAUAUGCUGAAAGUUCAGAUAAAUUGAUGUGUCUCAUUUUAGUGUGUUUUAUUUGAGAAGACAGUGGAUUUCCAGAAGACAGUGUAAUCCUCAAAAAUGUGACCAGCAUUCUGCAUGAUAAAAUAGGAAAACUGCUGGUUUAGGAUGUCAAAUAUGAUUAAGUUUUAAAAUAAUGACUUUAAAUAUCUUAAAAUUGUCAUGAGCAUUACUGUUUUACUUUUUAACAAGACCUAAUUGAAACUUUAAUUUGUCAAAAACUUUAAUUUGCCCGUUUAAAAUUUUGUAUAUAAACUCUAAAGAGAAUUUUUAUAUAAAAUUAUAGAUAAGGGCUUUGAGAGUGGCUCAGUGGUAGAGUGAUCAACAUUUGUGAUCCCUAGGUUGGAUCCAUAGCACCACCAACACACGCACACACACACACAAAAUGAGGAUUCAAAGAUAGUAUUCAUUGUUAGAAAAAUGCAGUGAAGACUUGUGUAAGCUUCAUGAAAAUCCAGCUCAGCAAGUUUAUUAAAAGCCACAUAAUUUAAGAGGUAAACUAACCUGACUCGGACGUGCCUGGGUGAGUGAGUGAGUUGUUUCAGUGUUCUCAGAGUAUAAAUACAGCACUUUCAGCACACAUGAGAAUAUUUUGCAAACCUUUUUAUAUAGAGAUUGUGAGCUCCAGUUUAAGUGUUCAUGGAAUGAUGUAAAUGUUAGGUCUAGCUGAACAAAUACUGAGUGCCUCAAUGCAAGACUUCUUUACUAGGAAUAAGAGAUCACACUGUAUCUUCUGUUGUUGUAUGUGAACUUUGUGUCUGAGAAGGAAUACUUAUAUUUAAAUAUUUUCCUGUUAGUAAAGCUUAUUGUAUACUAUAAUCUAGUCAAUUUUGCAUUGCUUAAAAAUGAAUUGAGCCCAUUUAUGGAAAUAAAGUUCUGCUAAAGUUAUUUAAUUAUUAGUUCUGAAGGAAGUUGACUUCCUUCAAGAUUCAGAUAUAUAAACAUUUAACUUUUUGGCCUUUAUUUAAUCAGUUGGUGUUUUAUGAUGAGAUCCAUACUAUUUGUGUCUUGAUGUUGGAAAUAGAUUUUGUGUUUCAGCACGUUGAGUUAAAAUAAAAUUGUUACUACUUAUUCAGAA